AUGUCGACUUCCUUGGUCUGGAACAACCAAAAUGGGACCCUUACCAUCAAUCGCGACAAUUUGCGGGACUUUUACGCCCAAAGCGUGCAGAACUACAUCCCAAGCGUUUGUUUCCAGGUACAAGCCCACUGCGAUGUUCGUGAUAGGUUCAACGUCGCCAUGAGUGUCGACAUUCGCCCUGGCGGCCAACCCAAUCUAAGUGAGGUCGCGGGGGAAACAGUAUUGUCCUACAGUUAUAGCGAUCAGGACCAUGACGGGGCGGGCAUCAACGACAAUAUGGGCUCACUCACGAUCGGUACAAACUACAAUAUGAACAUCCAGUUCACCAACAUCAAUGGCAGUGCAUCUGUUGUUAUUACCCAGCAUUUGGUGAUCAACUAUGACAAGAAAAUGCACCUAACCCGGAGUAGCGGGAAUGCGGUUGACAAAACCAUUGUUGACACUUAUGCGCUCACUGUUGACGAAAGUGGCAACUUGAGCGUAAGCUUGGACCCCGUGAUCACGGACAAUUCGACUGUGCCUGAGGGGGGCUUUCAGGAUUCCUUUACUGGUUCCAAUGGGUUUAUCAGAGCACUUCGAAGUGGUGGCGACGCUCUUCGGGGAACUAGUGUACUUAACAUUCCUCUGUCGUUCCCAAACGGUCAAACCUCUACUCUCAGCAGUGUUCAAUUCUCAGAUAAUCAGGACCUAGUUGCUUCUGUGGCAUAG